AUGUCCCUCCCUUUGAAAUGUCACUUUUUUCUUCCUUCUGGCUUUACAGAUUGGGCGGGUGCACGACAAUCAGUGGAGGCAAUGGUUCGGAAGAUAAAAAAGAAAACAAUGGACAGCAAGCUGAUUUCCUCAGAGAAGGAGCAGCCGGUGGAAUGCAUUGAAAAGAAUUUGUUGUGUUGUUACUGCAACAAACUGCUCACAAAGCCAAAUCGUUUGAAUUGCGGACACUUAAUUUGCCAGAGGUGUAUAAGCUCCCUUUUAAAAAGAGCGGAUUCUUGUCCUCAAUGCCACGCUCCCAUUUUACGCGAGAAUAUUACUCCAGACCCCCUCAUUGUCAGCAGUUUGGCUACCCAGCUGAAAGAAAUCAAAGAGUCGCACACAGAAAAUGAAUUGAUUGUUACUGAUUCAGUGGAUGCUCUUAGUGGUCGUUCUGUAUAUGAUAUCAAACAAGAGUUAAAGAGUUUAUCUCCUAUGAAUAGUCCUCAUAAAGCUCAAGCAAACGAUACAGCGUCAAGGUUCCAAUCCAAGGAAGAACCAAAGAAGAAGUUGGAGAUCGUGGAUGACAGCAGCAAUGAUGCGUUUACCUUUCUUUGCAGCCAUCCCGAAGUUCGAUCCGCUCCUCUGCGCACAUCAUUCACAGAUGCUCCCAAGCCGGUUUCCCGGAAGCGGAGCCGUCCAUCCAUCAUGAAGUCGUCUGAAGAGAAAGCCGCUGCGGGUGAUGACUUCGUGAUAUCGGAUUACAUGAUCAUCGUUUCGUCUCUGAGCACCUCUGCGGUCGAUAAGAUCCGCCAGUUUGCUUCCCAGCACAGCGUGCUUUGGAAUCGCGAGUUCCCCUACCAGGUGAACUUGGUGGAUGCAGCAUGUCCGCAGGUGCUGAACAAACCCGCCUUGGAGGUGGUGGAGCAGAACCGAGGUCGGCGGAAGCAGCAAGUGCAGAAGUACAUUUUGGUGAUUCGCACGGAGAAUGGAUGGUGCAAGCGAACCGUGAAAUACCUGUAUGGAUUGGCGUGCGGAGCCUGGAUCGUGACGCUGGAUUGGAUCGAAGCCAACCUUACCUCCGAUCAUCUCAUCCCUCCGCAUGCAUUCGAGGUGCUGGGCGACACGAAGACGAAGGUGCUCAACGUGCCGCGAACCUCGCGGUUGGCGCAUGAAAAGGGCAGUCCGGGAAUCUUUUAUGGGAUCUUUUUCUUUGUGCGGGUGCGCGAUACGGGGGAUGGAAUCCCGCUGAAUAUUCUGUUGGAUCUGAUGCAACGGUGCGGGUGUAUUCGAAGUUUGGAGGAUGUGAAUUUCCGAGGGAAGAGCAUGCGAGUGAUCGAAGUGGUGGAAAAGCUCACCUCCAGAAGCAGUUUGGAUGAGGUUACGGUGGAUUGGGUGUUGAACUGCAUUGGUAGUUGGAAAGUUCUAUAG